AUGCCUUCUGAUAAGGAUAUUAAAUCUCCUGCUCAACCAAAAAAGGAAGAAGAAAUUCCAAAAUCAAUCUUGACUAGAAGUUCAUCGCCACCACCUAUUUUAAAUCAACCAGAUGCAAAUAUAAUUCAUCAUCCUCAACCGCAAGUCCCUCAACCAUCACUGAAUAUUCCAGGGAUUAAGUUAUCUCCUCAAAUUUCCACUUCUCUGGAAAAUAGAGAAAUUGUUAUGGCUGGUGGGGCUUAUUUAAAAGAAAGAAUGGAAUCACCAGAUUCAUUAAACCACAAACCAACUCUAUUACAACCUGAUAAAAGUGAAUCUAUUCCAAGUAUUGAUUAUACUUUAAAUCCUCCUAAAGAAAGUCAACAUCAUAAAUCUCCUUCUGUACAUGCACAUUUCUAUGUCGAAGAAACUUUAAGACCUGUUAGAAAUAGAUCAAGAAGUGGUUCAAAUUCAAAUAAUAAUUUAACUCCAAUUACAAGUCCACAACAUAGUGAACCUUCUUCAAUUCUUAAUAAAGAUGCAAUUAAAAGUCAAGAAAGCUUAAGAGCAACAACAAAUUCAAUUUCUUCAGCAGCUGCUAGCAAUCAAAGCACGCCAAGAUCCAUUAUUAGCGGUGGUGGUGGUGCGAAUACUGCCACAUCUUCAAAUUCAACAACAUCAAAUACCGCUCUAGCCGCACAGGGUACCACCACCACCACCACAACAACAAAUAGCAAUAGUAACACUACAACUACUAAAGGUGAACAGAAUAGUAAUAUUGAUCCUCGUUUACCUCAAGAUGAUGGGAAAUUCCACGUUUUAAUUGGUGUUUGCGGUGCAUUAUCAGUUGGUAAAGUUAAAUUGAUUGUUAAUAAAUUACUUGAAAUUUAUACAUCUGAUAAAAUUUCCAUUCAAGUUAUAUUAACAAAAUCAAGUGAAAAUUUCCUUUUACCAGAAACUUUAAAUGUUUUAGAAAAUGUUAAAAAAGUUCGUGUUUGGACAGAUAUUGAUGAAUGGACAACUUGGAAAACAAGACUGGAUCCUGUUUUACAUAUUGAAUUAAGAAGAUGGGCUGAUAUCUUAUUAGUUUGUCCAUUAACUGCAAAUACUUUGGCUAAAAUUUCUUUAGGUAUAUGUGAUAAUUUAUUAACUAAUGUUAUCAGAGCUUGGAAUAGUUCUUAUCCAAUUUUAUUAGCACCAGCAAUGGAUAGUCAUUCUUAUAGUUCAAGUACAACCAAGAGACAAUUGAGAUUAAUUGCUGAUGAUAUGCCAUGGAUUGAAGUUUUGAAACCUCUGGAAAAAGUUUUUGGAAGUUAUGGUGAUAUUGGUAUGGGUGGUAUGACUGAUUGGAAUGAAAUCGUCAAUAGAAUCGUCAUGAAAUUAGGUGGUUAUCCAGAAGAUGAAGAUGAAGACGAAGCUGAUGACUCAAAGGAUAAUAUUGAUGAAUCCGCAAUUAUAGAUGACGACGAUGACGAUGAUGACGAUGAUGACGAUGAUGAUGAUGAUGACGACGACGACGACGACGAUGAUGAUGAUGACGAUGAUGACGAUGAAGAAGAUCCACCACAACAACAAUCAACCACCGAUAACUCCAAAGAUGAAACUACUAACCUUUGA